UGUUAGUUUAAAUGCUAUGCCUAUUAGCGGCUAUUAUAUUGUUUUUAUUUAUUACAUAAUUAAUAUUAAUUGUAUAGUUAUUAAGGCAUCGUUUAAUCAGCCAAUUUGUAAUAAUUUUGAUAUCCGAUCGCCAAUCGAUGGCAUAACUGAACUAAAAUCGGGCCAGAAAUUGAUAUUCAAAGGCCGGGAUAUCUGGCUAGUGGACAGACGCCGUAAUCGGUGUCAUAGGCGACAAAUCGGUGACAUUAUUAGUAGCGGCGGCGGCGAUGGCGGCGAUACUGACGAUACUAAUGAAUUGCUGGCCAACAACGGUAUCAGUAUCGGAGUCGAUGCCGUGGCCAACGACCCGCGCCUACAUUUGACAUUCAUAUUUAAGGACAAGUGGCUAUGGUUUGUGGAUUCGGAUCUAAAGAUUAGGGAAAAGUCGGUAAUCGCUUCGGUAUUUUACGAACAGUUAGAUAGUGUCGAUGCAGCCCUUUAUGCUGUCAAUCAACGAUACGAUGGUUUUAUACAAUAUGAUCGGUUAUAUCUGUUCAAAGACAAUCAAAUGUGGACCUAUUAUAUCGAAAUGUUUAUGAAUGAAUAUUAUGUUAAACCAGUGGAUACCAAACCAAGAUUAUUGGAUCAAUUAAGUCAACUAUUGCCCCGACAGCUGGACUCGGCCUACAGUAACAAUAGUUAUGUUUAUUUGAUUGCCGGCGGCAAACAAUAUAGGAUUGAUAGGCAAAAAUUUGUGGAUAAUCAUGAACUGACCGCCGAUGAUAUACAGAUAGAGCCGGCACUGACCGAUAUUAUUGAACUCAAUUUAUGGACAAUUAAGACAAAACAAUUGUUAGGCAACUAUGAUCUCUAUAUAAUUGCCGUAAUUGUGUCGACAAGUUUGACAAUAGUUUAUUUCCUAACAAAACUAUUGAUUAUAUUAAUUAAAAACAAAUGUUUUUCAUCAUCUAUUGAUAAUCAAAAUGAUCUAAACGUUUAUAUUGUUUAA